AUGCUGGCAUUUGCCUUUGCCCGCAGCCGGUCCAAUGCUCAUCACUCGGGAGCCGGCAAGAAUGCUGCUGCCGGUACGGCCGCAGGGGCGGCUGGAGGCGCUGCUAUUCGUCAUCAUGCGUCGAACACCCACUCGAACUCGGCAGGCGACCGAUCGACUACCUCUUCUGACCCUACCUCCACCCAGGCUCCCGAGCAGUCUCACGAAGGUGGUGGUUCUAACGGCUUGGGUACGCACGCUGCCGACUGCUCUGGCGGCCCUCAUGACUCGACGCACCACAAAGUUUUGCCCGGAAAUCAACCCGGAUCGGGGUACACGGGACAAGGUGUAUCUGGAGGUACGCGUACUGCAGGCGAAGGAGUUUCCACCGACAAGGUCGGCAAACAAGGUCAGAACGCGGCCGCCUACGAGAGGUCGACUACCGAGGGCCCCGACACUGGUGGCGCUGCAAAUGCCGACCGCUUCGACACUGACUAA